GACGUAGAGAGUGUGUGUGCAUCUCAUUCAGAGUAGAGAGAGAGUGGAGAGAGAGAGAAUGCUCAGUGCAUCGCCCAUAGCGCACUGGUGUCAUCCCCACGGGCACUCUCAAUAACAAAAGCCGGUCCAGGUCACCACUGGGCGCGCAGACGGGACUUUGAGCCGGCGCACACGUACGUACCCGGACGGACGACGUCCACGCCAGACCCUACCGAGUGUCGACACGUCCUUGUCCGGUCAGCGGCACGGGCCCGGGGGGCACAGGAACCUCCGAGCGGUCUCAGAACACAAGAGUUACCGUUACAACUCGGGAGCACGCGGCCUGGCGUAGUAGGUUGAAGCGAUGAAGGAAAAGUCGAAGAACGCUGCCCGGACCCGGCGGGAGAAGGAGAACUAUGAGUUCAGCCUCCUGGCCAAGCUCCUGCCGCUACCGUCUGCCAUCACGUCCCAACUGGACAAGGCAAGCAUCAUCCGUCUCACCACCAGCUACCUCAAGAUGAGGGCCGUGUUCCCCGAAGGACUGGGCGAUGUGUGGGGCCAAAGAAGCAGCAGUAGCUCCGCCAUGGACGCGAUAGGCAAAGAGCUGGGCUCGCACCUCCUACAGACGUUAGACGGUUUCCUGUUUGUGGUAGCGCCAGACGGCAAGAUCAUGUACAUAUCUGAGACGGCGUCCGUACACCUGGGGUUGUCACAGGUGGAGUUGACAGGAAACAGCAUCUAUGAGUACAUCCACCCUGCAGAUCACGAUGAGAUGACGGCUAUCCUCGCUGUACACCAACCCAUCCACACACAUAUCAUGACAGAUUUUGAGUUGGAGAGAUCUUUCUUUAUCCGACUGAAGUGCGUUCUUGCCAAGAGGAAUGCCGGACUCACGUGUGGAGGGUACAAGGUUAUCCACUGCAGUGGUUAUUUGAAGAUUAAACAGUACACCAUGGACAUGGCUCCGUACGAAGGCUGUUACCAGAACAUCGGGCUGGUGGCGGUAGGGCACUCCCUCCCUCCGAGCGCCAUCACCGAGAUCAAACUAUACAGCAACAUGUUCAUGUUCCGGGCAAGUCUGGACCUCAAACUCAUCUUUCUAGACGCCAAGGUAGCGCAGUUGACUGGCUACGAACCACAGGACCUGAUAGAGAAGACCCUAUACCACUACGUACACGGCAGCGACAUCUUCCACCUCAGAUACUCACACCAUCUAUUGCUGAUGAAAGGUCAGGUCACCACCAAGUACUACCGGUUCAUGGCUAAGAACGGCGGCUGGGUGUGGAUCCAGAGUUACGCCACCAUCGUGCACAACAGCCGGUCAUCCAGACCGCACUGCAUCGUCAGCGUCAACUACGUACUCAGUGAUCUAGAGACGAAGGAUCUGCAGCUGUCUAUGGAGCAGUGUGCGCAGCGGAGCACGUUCGGUAUCGGCUCCAUCCAGGACAAGGCGAGAAGCGGCAAGUCCAGAGCCGUCAAGUCGUCCAAGUCGUCCCGCCUGUCCAGGAUGUCCCCGUACCCCCAGGUCUCCGCACAGCCCGACUUCUACUCGGGCAUGGAGAGCUCCAUGGUCGCCCAGCAGCUCUCACCUUGUGAGGUUCCGCCACCGGUCCACGCGUACACAGCUGCUAUGGCCUAUCCAGCGCACGAGGGUCUAGAUAGAUGCGGUACGAUGUACCACACAGGGUACAGUAGUCACCCUUACGACAGCUCCUGUGUGUACCCCUUUGCUGGGAUGGACACGUGCGGACAUUACAUGGAGGAGAGAUCGCACUCCAGUUCUCAAAGGACAUAUCAUUUUGACGAAGAGCGGUACUAUGCCACGCAGGAGUCAGCAACGGGACUGUGGCCGGCACACAGACACGUCACUGUGCGGCAGGAGGAGGCCAUGAUGCCCGGGAAAUUUCACAUGGGGCACCCGGACGAUAGAAGCUACUUCACGGGGCACUGUCGGGCGUCUUGCUGCGAACCCAAACGGUCGACUGACCAAUACAGUACUACAGACCGACGACCAAGCUCUCGCCACUCGGACUGGUCGGACCACAGUCGGCCUCAGGCGGCGUCGGACGCGCGACUGACGCACGGCAGAGGCACGACACCGGGGAUCGUGUUCGUCGGACGGGGACGCGACCAUCCCCGAAGACUCACGCCAGCAGGGCGUGGGGAGAGAUUACCACGGGUCCAGUAAGAUCGACUCCCUCAUCCGCGCGACGCAGCAGCUCAUCAACGAAGAGGAGCAGGUCAAGAAGACGCAAGAAGAGGCCCAGUCCAAGUCAAAAAACGCCGGAACGAAGGACCGCCACGCGGCGGCGGUCGCCUCUGGUAAGUCCCCGAACUGCGACGCGCAGUCACCGGUCACCAGGCUAGCGAGUCAGCCCGACAGCAGACACGGGUCCCCCUACCCCUUAGACUGUACAUCAAGAGGGCAGACCGAACUCAACGGCUCGCCAAACUGUAACGGAGACGACCGGUUCUCCAAGAGCUGCAGGUCAUCAGAGAAAGAUUCUAGCGGCUACUCCACCUCCCUCCACCACCUCAGUAACAUGGUGGAGACCCGGGGACGCGGCAUGAGGCUAGGGUCGGCCGACACUCCCACCAACGGGCUACAUCAGUUCCACAGAACGCGCCUUCAAGGAUCAGCUGAACUCGAUAGAGAGAGACAUGAGGGCCGUACAAGGCAAGCUACAGUACGUACAUCCCGGACACAGACCGGGGGGCGUACACGUCAGACUACCGCUACAGUUACGUCCACAGCCCCGAGGCGCGCUACUACCCACCCAGCAUCCACGGAAGCAUACACGACGGACAGUCCGAAAAGACGAAAAACGCUUGCUCUUACUCGAGUAGUUACAACGACUUGCUCGCAAAUGGCUAUGUAUACUGAUGCGGUGCAGUGUUUGUGUGUUGACACCACUUUCAAGAAACUUGCGAAAUUGUUCUCCGACAUGUUUGAAAAGGUUGUAGAAAGAAAAUGUGUAAAACAUCUGCACUGUGAGUCCAAUGGUAGGUCAUUCUAAAAACGGCAGGCUGCUACCCUGGUAGUAAAAAAUCCGUGUAAAUUUUAAACUGGCGGUCGUUGACAGCAGUAGUCAAUCCAUGGCUGUUAAAGUUUGGGAUAGAAUUACAUGAUUAGUUCGGGAGCCGAAUUCCUGUAUCCACACACACCUCAAACACCGGCGAACUUGUGACAUGGCCGACCAGUGACCCAGUCCCAGACAAGACGCUUCGGUCAAAAGGAAAUUCUUCACAUUUUCGCAUCCCAUUGAGUGCGCUCAGGUACACCUAGCCUGGGGGGAACGUAUGUACUUUGGUCUAAUGCCCAUUAAUUAACACAAUAAAAGUACUGAGCGUCACAGAAAGAGCUCUGAUUGACGUGUUGUAGAUCCUGAGUUGAUGAGGGGGAUAGGUAGUGUAUAAAUCAGCGUAUAAAGUAAGGGAAGAUUGAUGAGAGGAUGGCGGUGCGCCAAGCUGUCUUGGCCGGCCUUACCGUCUGAGUCGGCCCGGUUGUUUGUCUGUCAGUGCCCUGACCCGUGUGUGCGGGGUUCAGCGACAGGUUGGCCCGGUACCCUGUAGAAGACGUUACCCCCAGGAUGACCUCCUAGCUUCCUCACAGUCAACCCUGUUUAUUUGCUUGUCCGAGAAACCUUCUUGCCACUCAAGAAUUCUUCAGUGAAGUCUCAUUCAGACAGUAAUUGAUAGCGUACCAGAAGGGAAGCAAUUUUCAGACGAGAAAAAAAUCUUUCUUUUUCUUCAGAUCUGAAUCAGUUGAAAAGCAAAAUAUUGCUACCAGUGCAAAUGCUACUUUGUUGCCAAAGAUGUUUUUUUGCUUCUUUUCGGGAAGUUUUUCUUUGUUUUUAUUAUUUUCUUUGCAUAUGAUAUAUGCAAUGGAAUAUGGAUGUAUACAAUUUGUAUCUCGUAUCAACGUACAUGUGCAAUUGCUGUUUGAUACAUCAUAUUUACAUGUACAGUCUAUACUCGUGUGUUGGUAUUCAAAAGAGGAAGGGCUUGCCCGGAUCUGUACAUUGAAACUGAUAUAUAAUGUCUGUUUAUUGUCAUGAUACUGUACGAUAAUUCUAGUAUUUAGUUACAAUGUUGUGAUGUAGACACGUAUAUGUACGAAAGGACCACAUGACCGUAGUUGUCAUCGUGUUUGUAAUAGUCAAGAUUUGUAUAUAGGAGGACAGACAGUUGGAAAAUAAUUAUGUACAUAUUUCAAAGAGGUUUUUGAAAUCUUUAUUUCGUAGGCAUGGCAUUAGCGGCUGAGUGUACAUGGGGUCGUUUCUGAUUCUGAGUGCAGGGCUCGAAA